GGUAUACCCCAUGUAACGGCUUCAUCAUAUUCUCAAAUAGGACCAGCUUUGUUGCUCAUGCAGAUUGCUCCUGCACGACAAGAAUCAACAUGCUAGGUUUCCUACAAGCCAUUAGAUCUUACCAAGAAAAGCUAUUAGGGCAUUCACUUUUGAGGAGUACAACUGCAAUGAAAAACAAUCUCUUGCGACUUGGUUCCAUCAGCUCUUAUCUGACAGUUGAAGAGGGCACAAGGCCAGCGGAGGAGUCUUCACCCUUGCAACACAAAGGGUUGGAGAAUGUAACAGUAGCAGAAGUACUAAUGACAAAGGGAGGCGAAAAGGCUGGAUCUUGGCUCAGCUGUCGCGCGGACGACACUGUAUAUGAUGCUGUGAAGCAAAUGGCACAAAAUAAUAUUGGAUCUUUGGUGGUUCUCAAACCAGGACAGCAACAACUCAUCGCUGGCAUUCUUACGGAGAGGGAUUACUUGCGAAAGGUAGUUGUGCAGGAUAGGUCAUCUAAAUACACAAGAGUCGGGGAGAUCAUGACUGAUCAGGAUAAUUUAGUAACAGUGACGUCUGAUACAAACAUCCUCCACGCGAUGCAACUCAUGACCGAAAACCACAUACGACAUGUCCCUGUCAUAGAUGGAAAGAUCGCGGGAAUGAUAUCCAUUGUAGAUGUUGUUCGAGCAGUGGUGGAGCAGCAAAGUGGAGAUAUGAAGCGGCUGAAUGAAUUCAUUAGGGGUGAAUACUAUUAGCCAUUGUAUACAGGUGAAGCAAGCAGCAGGGACUCCUGAAAUCAGCUGGGACUUCCAAUGGCCAAUUUUAUCGUUGGUUUAUCUCAAUCGUGGACCAAAGAUCAACAAUGGCAGAGAAAAUAAGAAGAUAAUCUUCAUGUUUGUGUAAUUUGAUGGUCACUACAAUGACCUGUAGUGAUGAUUUCUCGUCGUUUGCAAAUCCCUUGACUGUUACAAAUUACAAUAGAUGGCUUCCUACUCUCAUAUCUUCCUGAACCUUUCUUGAUAGGAACGAGACUUGUACCACAGACGGCAAACAUGCCUUUUCAA